AUGUCGUCGGAAAUCCUCGAUGCCUAUUGGGCAGCGCCGCCAAUGGCACGCACAUUGGCAACCGCCAUUUUCGUCACGUCGGUUUCAGUGUACACUGGCUUGCUACCGGUCUCGUGGAUCUACUUCAGCGAGGACAGGUUGUUGCGGCUGCCGCCCGAGAUAUGGCGCCUGGCCACAGCCUUCUUGCUCAGUACCCCAAAAAUUGGCAUCGUUUUGGACCCCUACUUCGCCUACCAAAGCCUGAAGCAGCUGGAGACAGCCAACGUCAAGUUCCCGAGGAAGGAGGACCUCCUUUGGUACCUGGUGACGGUCGGUGGUUUCAUCAUUUGCUUGCUCUCCCAACUAUCGCGGUUCCUGGAAACGAGGAAGAUCACCCCCCUCCUCAAUCGCGUGUUCUUGGGAGGCUACUUCUUCCUCCAUGGGCUUAUCAUUGCCAUUGCCUACACGGCGAAUCAGGAUUUGCGCGGUGUCAAGUCGACGUAUUUCUUCUUCACCGUGCCGGCGCAGGCGGUCCCGUAUUGCAUGCUUCUCGGAUCGCUGCUCAUGAGCCCCAGUCUGGUCCCGCUACAAAUCACGGGCAUCAUUGCGGCUCAUCUGCACGAUUUCCUCUCGCGCCUGUGGCCUGAGUUUGGAGGGGGCCGGAAUUUGCUGGCUACUCCGUCCUUCGUCUCGUACCUCGUGCAGACUCCCAGGGUUUUGCAACGCGACUACGGCACAGCCAUUCGCCCGCCCGGGGCGCAGCCAUCGGGCAGCACAGUACACCUGGAACUCCCGAAGCAGAAGCCGGCUUACCACCAUGAAGCCAUCGGUGACCCGAAUCCAAAAGUGUCAAACACAUAA